AUGAUAAAAUUCUGUGCAGUACUUCUGUUCCUUGUGACGCAAAGUCUUGCGGCGCCGUACAAGCCACCAAAUAGUUGUGGUUAUGAUUCAUGCAAUUUGGGUAAACCUGAUAAACUCAAUGUGCAUAUUGUACCUCAUACACACGACGAUGUUGGUUGGCUAAAAACAGUCGAUCAGUACUAUUAUGGAUCACGUCGUGAAAUCUGUAAACCAGGUGUUCAGUAUAUUCUCGAUUCAGUUAUCGCAGCAUUAGUAGAUAAUCCUGAUCGUCGAUUCAUCUAUGUUGAAAUGGCUUUUUUUUGGCGUUGGUGGAAUCAACAAACGGAAGAUAUGCAUAAUACCGUUAAGCAACUCGUCAACGAAGGUCGUUUGGAAUUUAUUUCGGGUGGUUGGUCUAUGCAUGAUGAGGCAGCAACGCAUUACAAUUCGAUUAUCGAUCAACAUACUCUAGGUGCUGAAUUCUUGCAUGAUCAAUUCGGUGAUUGUGCUCGACCAAAAAUUGGCUGGCAGAUCGAUCCAUUUGGUCAUUCACGAGAAGUUGCUUCAUUAUUUGCACAAAUGGGCUUCGAUGGGCUAUUUUUUGGACGUAUUGAUUUUCAAGAUCGAGUAAAACGAAUUGAGACAAGAACUUUAGAAAUGAUCUGGAAAGGAAGUGCCAACUUAGAUCGUCAGAGUUGGCUCUUCACAGGUGUUCUACCAACUGGGUACGGUGCACCACCCACGUUUUGUUAUGACAUGAUGUGCUCGGAUCCACCAAUUAUUGAUGAUGAAAAUGUGGAAGACUAUAAUAUACCAGAACGUGUUGCAGCAUUUCUUGUUGCGGCAAACGUUGAGGCUGAAAUAUAUACAACUAAUCAUGUGAUCAUGACGAUGGGUAGUGAUUUUCAAAAUCAGAAUGCCUAUAUGAAUUUUAAAAAUUUGGACAAACUAAUCCAUUAUGUUAAUCUUCAGCAAGCGAAUGGUAGCAAUGUUAAUGUUUUUUAUUCAACUCCAUCAUGUUAUUUAUAUGCAUUGAAUAAAGCCGAAAAAGAAUGGACAACGAAAACCGAUGAUUUCUUUCCAUAUGCUAGUGUUCCAUUUGCAUACUGGACUGGUUAUUUUACUUCACGACCAGCAUUGAAACGUUAUGAACGUUAUGCAAAUAAUAUUCUUCAAGUAAUCCGUCAGCUCGAUGGAUUCUCACAAAACAAUCAACGCAAUAUCACUUUUGUUUUAAGCGAAGCAAUGGGUCUUGCUCAACAUCAUGAUGCAGUUAGUGGAACAGAAAAGCAGCAUGUAGCUAAUGAUUAUGCUCAACGAUUGUCUGAAGGUAUCGACCGAUCAAUGGAAGUGAUCAAUGAUGCCUAUGCAAAACUAUUGCCUAAAGAAGGUCAAACAACAUCGAUUCCCCAUCAAUUUCUCUGUUCGUACUCGAAUAUUAGUGAAUGUCUUCCGAUUGAAGGGCAGAAGCAAUUCACAUUGACAUUAUGGAAUCCAACUAUUCAUCCAGUAACAAUUUAUCCUCGUGUACCUGUCACUCAACAAUAUUUAAUUCGUGAUCCUGUAGGCAAUCUUAUUUCAGCUGAGUAUCUUCCAAUUCCAGAUACGACGAAGAAUAUUCCUGGUCGAACCAGUACUGCUCAGUAUCAACAUAUAUUUCAAGCAUCAUUGCCUGCACUUGGUUAUAAUACCUAUUAUUUCGAAGCGAAAACUAAUACAAAAGAAUUCGAACAUAAGAAAGUGACAACAACACAGAAUCAAGCAUGUAUUCUACAGAAUCAACAUCUGCGAGUGGUAUUCGAUGAUCAAGGUGAUUUACAAACUAUUGUCAAUUUAGAAAAGAAUUUGACCGUAUCAUUCACUCAUCAAGGCUUGUAUUGGUACACAAGUUUUCCCGGCUAUAAGGAGCUGCCAGAAAUACACGCGUCAGGUGCUUAUGUCUUCCAACCAUUUUUUUCAACAGCAGUGCCUGUAAGUGCUCGACGUAGUAUAAAUUGUACGAAAACAGAUACUGUACAAAAAGCAUCAAUAGUUUUCAACGAAUGGGCUAGUCAAGAAAUCAGUCUCUUUAAUGGAUCAUUACAAAUUGAACUGGAAUGGACAGUUGGACCUAUUCCAGUAGAUGAUAAUAUUGGCAAAGAGAUAAUUAUUCUCUAUGAUACCAAUAUUGAGAGUGGAUCAACAUAUUAUACUGAUGCUAAUGGACGUGAAGUACUUCAACGUAUUCGUGAUUAUCGACCAACAUGGCAUUAUGUUGUUGAUGAACCAGUUAGUGGUAAUUAUUAUCCGAUUAAUAGUCGCAUUUGGAUUCGAGAUCACGAUCGUCAAUUAACUAUUCUUACUGAUCGAUCGGAAGGUGGUGGAAGUAUGCGUGAUGGUUCGAUCGAAAUUAUGCUUCAUCGUCGAAUACUACAUGACGAUGGAUUCGGUGUUGGUGAACCUUUAAAUGAGACUGCCUAUGGCAAAGGUCUUGUUGUUACCGGCAAACAUAUUCUUCUUGUUGACCGACCUGAAGACAGUGCUCUGCUACAUCGAGUCGGUGCUCAACAGUUUUUUAUGCAACCUCUGGCAACCUAUUCCUUGCCAAAUACAUCAUCUUAUACGAACUAUUCGAAUACUUAUCUUCAAAGUUGGUCUGCUUUGUCAGAUGCAAUGCCACUAAAUGUACAUCUAUUGACAUUCGAACAGUUAAGUCCUAAACAAUACCUUGUGCGUGUUGAGCAUUAUUUUGAGUUAAACGAAGAUAAAACUUAUUCACAAGCGGCAACGAUUGAUCUUCAAAUGUUAUUUAAAAGUAUUGGUACCAUUGGUGCGAUGAAUGAAUUAAUCCUAACUGCCAAUUUACCAGUAUCCGAACUACAUCGACUCGAUUGGAUGACAAAGGAUCAAGAAUCAUCACAUGCCGAUAUGUUUCACCAAAAUUCGUUGAAUGCAACAAUAAUCAAUCUAAAUCCAAUGCAAAUUAGAACAUUUCAAAUUACCAUCGUUUAG